UUUUUACUCUGCUCCGAUAGGAAAGACAGAAUAUCAUUCCUGCGAUCGAUGAAAGUUUUGUCUUUGUUCAGGUGUUGUUUGAUUUCUAAUCAUCGCUAAAAUAAUAGCUUUAGUCUACCUAUACUUCUGAUACAAUUGGAUGAUCGAUUACUCCUUGGUGGUUCUAUCAAUAUUGGCUGAGAACCUCGAGAGACUGUUUGGUCUAUCAUCGUCUUGAUGGAUGGUACAUGCGAUGGCCAAUCGAUUUGCUUUAUUGCAUUUAUCUUCUAAAUUGUACAACACAAUUUGUGCCAUCGCCCCUUAAUAAAUACAAUUAGUUUUUGAACAAGGUAUAUUAUUAUCGAUCAGACGUAUAAGUUCAGCUAAAUUAUUUGUAACCACCAUUUGAAGGUCACAGGUGAAUUUAUUGCCUAUUUUCAGGGGACUUGUAUCGUAGAAUUAAUCAGUUUUAGAAGUUAUUCCCUUCUUCGACUAUUUCAUAUUAAAUUACUUACUUGUAGUUACCAAGCGAUAUAAAGAGCAGAAGAUCGACAAUAAUGAACUUAUCGUAUUUUUCUAGUACGAUCUUUAUUUUAUUCUUUAUUUUGUAUCUAUAUUUCUGCAAAUAAAUGGGAAAAGUUUAAUAAACAAACAAGUCAUUUGUCAGAGGAAUAUUACGUGUUAAUUAUUUUGAGAGACGAUUCGUGGAUAAAUAUUCACAGUGGAAGAAUCAAAGAUAUUUGGCUGACACGUAGCUGACUUAUUCUACUUCCAGCCUGUCCCUCCUCCAGGUGACUAUAAUGGUAUAGCUAUAAUAAGGAGAAGACAAAGGGCGAGGCAUGAUCGCAAACAUCCCCAUAGCCAUGUAAUCCACGAGCUGGUCACUUCAAUACCAGAUUUCAAAAGGUUCACAUCAGUGUUUCUGUGCUACUCAUUUAUUCUUUCCAUUCAAUACUUCGAAGAUAUAUUUGAUAUUACAAAGUUUUCCCAACGUUUCACCAAACUUACUCUGGACCGUCAACGUUUUAAUAAAUUUUGUCAUCUCGAAUGACAUUAAGUGUACGAAAUGACAUCGACUGAAAUGGAACCAGUAGUAAAGGUCAACGCAACGUCGAACAUCGAACGUUUCUUUAUCGAACAAAAACAGAAAUGCGAUGGAUUGACGACAGAAUAUCAGAACAUAACGUCACAAAACGCAACGUUACAAUCUCGCCAUUGCCCGCCACAUUUUGAUGGGCUACUUUGCUGGUCGUAUACCGAAGCCUCAACCAUCGCCAUUCUACCUUGCCCUCCUGAAACUGGCCUGAUAUACCAGUUAAAUUCCGCAGCGAACAAUUUGGAGUCGAAUGUUCGCGUUAUAGCGAUGGCUACGAAAGCUUGUCUUCCAAAUGGUCAAUGGUACACAAAUUACGACAAUAUUCCCGGGAGUAAUUACAGUUUAUGCGAGUUGUCCGACGAAUUCACUACUCGUUACCUCAUGGAGACCACCCUGGAAAUAGAUGAGAUGACCGACCCUCGAGACUACAGAAACUUUGAAUCUUUUCUGUUGGCUAAAUGGCUGCCUAUCGUCAGGCUCGUCUCUCAAAUCGGCUAUACCACAUCUUUCACUAUGCUGGUUAUCGCGAUGAUCAUUUUCUCUCUACUCAGAAAACUCAGAAAUCCCAGGAACAGGCUUCACAUGCAUCUGUUCGCUUCUUUCAUAAUGAGAGCGUUCAUGGCACUGAUCAGAGACUGGAUCUUCGUCGAUGGCAUUAGACGGACCGUGGACGUUGUUUAUCUCGACGAGAAAAACGCUUUUAUCAAGCAACGAAACUUUCAGACAAUGAUCUGUAAGGGCAUCACGAGUGUGUGGCAGUAUUUCAUCGUUGCUAAUUAUUCUUGGAUCCUGAUGGAGGGCUUGUACCUGCAUAAUCUGGUCGUUUGGGCGUUUUGUGCGGAUAGUUCAGCCAUUAAUUUGUAUAUUUUACUGGGCUGGGGAUUGCCUGUUUUCGUGGUUGUUCCUUGGGUAAUAAUACGAGCCACGAUCGAAGACACAUUUUGCUGGACCACCCACCAAAAUCCUUCUUUAUUUCUUCUUAUAAGGAUCCCCAUCGUAAUAUCGAUUUUGUUCAACUUUCUGCUGUUCCUCAACAUUGUACGUGUCCUGUUCAUCAAAUUCAAGACGUCCGUGCAUUUGCAACGGAAAAAAAUGCAGUACAGUAGGUGGGCCAAAUCUACUUUGGUAUUGGUACCCCUGUUUGGUGCUCACUAUACUCUAUUUCUUGGGCUCUCCUAUCACAAGGAUAACCGCGUGGAACUGGUCUGGCUCUUCUUCGAUCAAUUCUUCGCCUCGUUCCAAGGUUCUUUCGUGGCACUGCUUUACUGUCUGCUGAACAUCGAAGUUAGAACGGAAAUAAAACGAGCCUGGAGGAUAAGAUGGUCGAAAAAAGCGAACCUCAGCUUGUCAGCGUCUCGAGAAUCAAGAAGAAGAAAAUCUACUCGCCAAUGCAGACAAUCGAACGAUUAUGAUCAUCCAACAGUCACUGGUACCACUGCGAGGAAUGCAUUACGAUCGAAUGAUUAUUGGCCAAAUAUGCUAGAAGUGGAGACAAGAUAGAAACAGCUUUAAAAAGAAACACUUUUAUAUCUGCGAAUUUGAUAUCUUUAUAUCCAGCUUUUUUGCGUAUUUUAUUUAUUUUUAAAUCUUCGGUAGA